GUAAAAUGCGCUACGACUGCGGCGAGGAUUAAUGAGAUACCUGCGCGUGUCUGCGAGGAGAGGAGAGCGCGAGCAGGGGGAAGGGUCUUUGUCUUUGACACAGCAUGCACACCGCAGGUGUGAGAGGCGCAUACGCGUGUGUUCACCGCCGCAUCGACUCGGCCUCCCGACGGAGGGAUGAAGGCGAGUUGGACUCCCGGUGACUCAACGCUCUCGUUCCUUCUCUCACACAAACACGCGUAGGAUACGGACGAUCUCCACGUGCGCGCGCAAAACACGCACACAUCACUUACACACCUUCUGCACAUGCCCACGCUGAGCGCGAGCAGGUCAGCGGAUCCGUGCGGUGCAGCAUUCAGCCGCGUGGAUGCUACGAGCUGGGUCGCCGGAUCCCCCCGUCUUUUGUCUUUCCGCGGAGGACUCAUCCCGAGGAUCCGAGCGUAACGGGAAAGACCUCCUCGGCCUCAUCAAACUGGAUAGAGAGCGAACCGACUGCUCGUCUGUCCCGAAUGAAACCCUCUUAAGGUGAACGGGGGACAUUCAAAAUACAUUUCUCCAAGGAGCGUUGCCGUGCCAGACUGGGCAAAAAAUCCACGGCCAUAAAUCAACACCGGAGGACUUUGGAUUUCUUCAUCGUGGCUUCCUGCAGCAACAGCAGACGUACCGGGUGGUUGGCGGGCCCGCUGACCUGCCGACGUGCGCCAUAGGAUUCUAUUUCUGGAGCCGCGCUCCUUUUGCAGAUUAACUGCCCUCAAAUAUGGCCCCAAUCCGUUCAUUGCGCCACUAGUUUGACUGCUGUGGGAGGUUGUGUACGUCCAAGAUUCAAAACAACCCCACUGAGCGUGAGUCCAGUCAUUUGAAGGGCCGCUGCUGCUUUUCCUUCUUUUUUCAAGCAGAAUCAGUGCAAACAAGCACACUGUUGUAUGUCACGACAGACAGAACGUCCAUGUUGUUAUUCUCUUCACAAUCAUUUCUCUACUCACAAGUCAUCGCUCAUUGGAAUCCAGAGCAGUUGAGUGUGCUUAGAUUAAUAAGACUUUGUGUUAUAUUGCAUGAGACAGUUUCCACGAGUUCCUAAGGGCAGUUCGCACUGAAAACCCAUUGCCCAGUGUUUUUCCGUUAGCCUGUCAGGGGCUAAUCAAGGUCCUUCAUCAUCGGAAUUAACAUUUUCAUAUUGUAUGAGAGAGAAUGCAGCCAGCAUUAGCAUAUUCAUGAACUCUGAUGCAUUUAAUCAUGUGAAAUGGAAGACGUGGGGCAAACCCCGAGCCAUCAAGCCAUGAAACAAAUAGCUUAUGACAUGUGAGGGAAAGAGGAUCUUGAGUCCCCUGCGCAACUUCCGCACAUCCCAUAGCACACGGGAGGCGGCUACCAUCGGAACACUGAGGAUAUUUCAUGAACCUGACAUGUGUUGUCAGCCUCUGGACAGAGGCCUGAAGUAACAGAAAAAUUAAAGAAUAGGAUUACGGAUGGAUUAUCAGUGAAACACUAAAGCCUUCAAAGCAGCUGCCUUUGCAUAAAUCCAUUGGACUCACGGAGUAGCUCUGCAGGCCGAUUUGUAGAUUACGUUUGGUUGUGGAUGUGGCGGCCUUUUGUGUGGUUGGUAUUAAAAGAGAGGGAUGGAGAAUAUAGAUGAGCUGGAGCACCCUCUUCUGGGAGAAAGCGGCAAAAACAAUCGGGCAUCAGGGAUGGGCAUGGGGAUGGGUAUAGGGUUGGGGAUGGGUAUGGGGCCCGGGCCUCGGCCUGGAUCUGGACAGGCCCCUGGCGGGAUGUUCAAGAGCAUGCUUGUAAAGUGUGAGGAGGACAGGGCCUACCCUCCCUUAGCAUGGAGGAGCUAUUGUGGACAUCAUCCUGAACUUCAGCAGCAGCAGCCACUGGACCCCUGCUCCCUACCUCGCACGCUGGAGUCCUUUUACCCGCCGGCUCCCAUCUGGGGCCACACGGACUCCCUGAUCAGCAAAGACUACCUGGAGACCACCUUUGUGGACAUUCGGCCCGGCUCCACGCUGGAGAGGAAGCUGCUGGCCGAGGCGGAGGACUACCACAGUAUGUCCUACAGCAUGGACGACUCUGACGACCUGCUCCCGGACUCUGACGACUCGUCCAUUGAUGACUACAGCGAUACCGACAGUGACAGCAACUUCCCUCUGAUGAUCCCUCAGGACUACCUGGGUCUGGCCUUCUUCUCCAUGCUCUGCUGCUUCUGGCCCCUGGGCAUCGCUGCGUUCUACCUUUCACAGAAGACCAACAAGGCGUCGGCUGAGGGGGAUUUUCAGGGGGCCAACGCAGCAUCUCGCCAGGCUCUGUGGCUCUCGGUGCUCUCCAUUGUCUUUGGAAUCAUCACGUAUAUCUGUGUCAUCGCCGCAUUGAUUUCCUACCUGUCUGGAAAACCACCAUAAAGGCUACUACUCGACACACACACACACACACACACACACAAUCAUGAAUACCAUCGCAAAUGUAAAAUAAUCACAGUAUUUUUCUGUCGAACCUACACCAACUGGGAAAGGACAGGAGAGAUGGUGUAUAUAUCAUAAUCACCUCGAAUUGGAUGAGUAAAUUAUUCAGUUCAGAGGACAGCCUUCAUCGAAAAAGAAGUUCCACGGUAUCACUCCAUCAGUGUGUAAAUGUGAUUCAUGCUGUCACCCAAGGACUCAAGUUACCUGCCACCUUUUGCAUUGGUGCUGUCGUCAUUAUGAGUGUUAAACAUGACUGAAGUGAAAAUACAAAUCAAGAAAAAGAACUGGGGCAACGAAUGCAGAUGUUAUCGCAACGCUGUAGAUAUCACUGUCGCUGGAAACGGAAAGAGAAGUGAGGGGACUGGUCCGCCUGGGAGGAGCCGAGCAGCGACAAGGAGACGGGCGAUGGAGGCUGUGAAUCUGUGAGAAGGUCGCAGCAAGGACGAGGCAGCAGCUACAUCCUGAUGGACCGCGUUGUUGCUGUCGCUUGUGGGGUGAAAGCUGAGCACAGCUUACAGAGCCUCGGAGCUUUAAAAAAAAAAAAGUAUAUAUAUAUAUAUAUAUAAUGUGUGGAGCCAAAAGCAUUAUUCUUUCAGAGAAGCCAGAAUGUGUUGCGACUCUUCUGCCCGGAGGGACUCACAGAGGGAAACACUGCACAUCCUGAUUUCACAUUCUGCGUCACAAUUGUUAACUUGCAGAACGGACAGAAUCUGAUUUGUUCAAUGCAAAGUUCAAUAAGUAUCUUUAUUUUGAAAUGCACAACAACAACAAAAUAUCGUGCCAUGAUGUAAAAAUCUCUCUAUAUAUAACUUCAGGAAUUUACAAAUGAAAAGCAAAGCGGUGAAGUGGAACACUGGCUCUAGGUGGAGGAAUAAAGCUGCUUCUCCAUACAGUGUUCGGAAAUGAUGACAUAGACGGGAGGUGCAGAAAAUGAAAGGAAAAAAGUGCCAAAAAUAUGGAAGAUACUCCAAGGAUGAUCCUUUUAUGAGCCGUUCAAUGAAUAGAAGCACCCGGGCUGCCUCCCCACGCUCUCCAAAUAUAGAUUAUGCUACUUUCCCUUUAAAAAUAAAUCCUUCAGAAAGAUGCUUCUUGUCGUAUGACAAACUUGAAAAUUAAGUUGGCUACGUAAACGUAUGUAAGCAAACAGUAACACUUUGUUCAGAUGAGCGAAGGAAUAAAAGAAAAAAAGAAAGAUUGCCUGGCGAGACAACUUAGGUCAGCCACGUGAUGCAUGAGUCAGUAAAAUCUCCAUUUCGGUGACAACAGAAACCUGCAUGGCCAGUUUGUAGUUUGCCAUGUACAAACCUGCUCCAAGCUACGAUCACUUCCUCCUUUUGGUCCUGAACUGUUGCAACCCGCAGCUUUGGUCAAAGUCAAACCCUCUGGCCAUAUUGGCUUGAGCAUUAAUGUGCCAAAAAUGAAGCAGUGAACAAGGGAAUUCAAAUUAAAUGAUCAAAACUAAUUUAAAAAAGACUGUCAGGUAAAAGUUUACCUUUUUUUAAAUGUAUAGUUUUUAUAAAGUCUCCUGAUGAACUGAAAAUGUGUUUUGUUUUCUGCAAACCCAGUGUUGUAUCAAGACUGAGCUGAUCAUAUAAAAUAGUCACAGUAGGUGGUAUAUGGAGACACGACUGUGACCUCGGUGUCAGGUGGAUGCGACCCCGCUGCAGAGCGACAGCGCUGUACAGUCCUGACCAUCCCGAGCCGUCCUCCGUCCCCACUGGACAUUUGUGUCAAUGACAACAAAAAUGAAAAUCAGACCAUGUGUUGUUACAGCUGAGUUCCCACAAUUAGUGAUAUAUAUGGGAGCAGUUAUUGUGGAUUGCCUCGACAGACCUGAUUGUCGCCUAACGGGCUCCAGUCAGAUUUUUCUCACUUUGUAUCACUUGUAUAGAUCGUCGGAAAAAAAGAAAGAAGAUCAAAGGCUGUGGCAAAUGAGUUAGUACAAGAGGUAUUUAUUCCACAUCCUUUUAUUACGUGUAAAUAUAAAACGGAGAGAAUAAUCAAUAAAUCCCAAUAAAUGCACUUGUUUGACAUUCA